AAGCGAACCGAGCCCGACCCGCCGGAGAUAGCAAAGAUGCGCACCGAGGCGUCGGCCGAGGUCGCGGAGCUCUGGAGCUCCGACGUGACGGACGCGUUCCUUAUCAUCGCGUGCGACGGCAUCUUCGAGGAGAUUUCAAACAAACAAGCCGUGGCAUUAGCGCGGGCAGCCUUCCAGAAAUAUGGUGUCGACGACGUCGGCGCCGUCGCCAAAUCCAUCAUCGAAUGGGUCAUGCUCAAGGGCGGCACAGAUAACAUGACUUGCGUCAUUCAGGUGCUCGACAAGGACUCCCUAAAAAAGCUCGACUCGCGCACCGUCGGGAGCUGCGUGGAGAUCAGCCAGUGCGUCGGGUGCUGUCGACGGCGCCGUAAAACAUUGAUUUCCACACAGGUCGGGAGCGAGUGCGAGGCGUGCGGUCUGGCGUAUCCCGCUGUGUUAAAUGCUGGAGCGGUCCUGAGGACGACGGCGCGCGACGUCCGCCAUUUAGACGAGCCGGGCCUCCAGCGCUACCUGAAAGACGUCGGCCUUUAUGCUCCGAGAGUGGCGGAACUGGCGAUGGACGGCACAGACCUCCUCGCCGCGGAUUUGACCUCCGUGGACCUAGAUCUAUCCGAUUCGGACGCCGCGUUCUUGCGAGCGUCCCUGGAGUGGUGGGACAUCACGUCGUCCUGCGCGGAAAAUCCGAAGAUGUACGCGGCGAUCGGCGGCGGGGGACGGCGGGCGUCGGUGGAGAAGGGGUACUACUAG